UUGUUCCAAUACUCAAGAGAUUACCGUAGAAAACUCCAGGCAGUAAUUGCCCUAAUCAGCGAAAAUACCUCUGAAGAGAAGCAUUGUUUUCAAAAAACAGCAGCAGUUACAUGAGCGAUGAAGGUUUUCCGUUUUUCAAUGUGUACAAGGUGCAUAAAUAGCCAAGUUAUCCUAGAUGAGACCAAAUUAAACUUUGAGACGCAAUCGUUAUAAACGAAACUACUUGUCUACCCAAAAAGGAUGAUCACAAGCGCGUUUUGUUCAGCGUAAGACCUAUGAGCCACUACACGGUUGAUAAAUCUAGUUCCCAUGACGGUGCAGAGAGUAGUGUUGAAUGUAUGCUUAAAAACUCAUGUCUGGUUCGUACCGUACCUGACGCAAUGACAACUGAAACGGACGUCAAGCUUGAAACAUUUCAACUUAGCCGUUACCAACAACCCAGUGUGUAGAUAUUAAACAAUUGCAUUUGCAUUAUACAAGCCAAGGUCAGGCGCUCAAGAACACAGUAAAAUCCGGACAUAACUGAUAACAGUCGCUGACGUUCAAUAACGGUGGCAAGAAGGGACGCAUCCGUUUUUUAAAAUCGAGGUGAUAUGUGCUCAUAGCCCGUAGCUGAAUGGCCAUCUGUGUAGAAGAUGAAGUUUUCUUUGGACCUUUUGUUUAAUUAUAGGAACGCACAAAUACCACAGUGACACGACUUUAACAAUGUAUUUGGUCCAAUAUGACUGACGGAAGCCGCAGGCGUAAUUUCUGUUGAUCUGAAACAGCAAGCAGCAGAUUUACGUGACGCAUACGCAUUUUCUUCGUCCUCACUUUUCUCAAUCUUUGACAAUUUAUAAGCAACCUAAAGGUUGAUUAGGCAUUAGUGGUCUUAUUGAAUCAAUUGUUAACGUUACACCACAACCAGUUAUCCUGGUAAAACGAAGUGCUGUUCACGAUCUUGUUCGGAAACGCUCGUAUGAGGACUGUUUUUUGGCAAACGAAAUUCGGCAGGCUACUUGAAAGUAUCGGCUCGUCAUCAAGCCACCAAUCAGCCGCACAGAUAUGUGUGAUGUAGACGAACUUAGCAAGCUGCUGAAACUGUUUGCAGUGGGUGAUGCGCCUAGGCACACUUCGAUCGGUACUCGAGGGCAACCGAUUCAACUGAUUUCAAAUCUCUACGGGAUUUCAGUUUCCGUUCAGGAGGUAUUUCAUUAUGAUGUGUGUAUCACGUACCAUGGCUGCAAUCCGAGUGCUCAGCAAGCAAUGCUCAUACCGCUAGUGAAGAAAUAUCGGGCUCCGUCAACAACACUGAACCACCAAGUGAUCCGUGAGCUGGCACGCCAACCCGUGCUAGCUGGAUGCGUACCGGCGUUUGAUGGUCGGAAGAAUUUGUAUUUAACAAAGCAGAUCGCGAGAGAAGAACAAAUUCUCCAGACAACGGUUACCAUUCAUCUAGAUCCGGAAAGCGAUCAAGACGAGUUUGCCCGCACUGCCUCAUUCGACGUGGUCCUUAAGCUAGUUGCUCGCAUACCUAUGAAUAACUUGCGUCCUGACGUAAUUCAAGCUCUGGAUAUCAUGGUUCGUACUGGCCCUCUGCUGUGUCCAACUAACGUGGCCGUAGGGCGAUCAUUUUUUACGCGGCAAAAUAAUAGCAGCGAUAUAUCUGUCGGCGGAUGUCGUGAGCUGUGGUAUGGCUAUUAUUGUUCGAUUCGACCUGGCCAAUGGAAACCGAUGCUGAAUGUAAACAUAUCGGCCACUUUAUUUCAUGAGAGUCUGUCGCUGGUCGAAUACACAGCGAAGUUCCUCAAGAAAAACGUGUCUAUGCUCAAUAACGGUCUGCUGGAUAGUGAACGUAAAAAGGUCGAGAAGGAACUGCAGGCCGUUAAGAUAGAGGUAACUCAUUUACCGUAUCGACGGCGGUACAAAGUGUGUGGCGUGUCGAAGCAACCCGCGUACAAAUGUUUCUUCGACGUUGACGGACAUCAGAUCAGCGUGGUAGAUUAUUUUGCUAAGCAGUACAAGCUACAACUACAAUAUCCAGGUUUACAAUGUAUACUUACCCCAGGAAAAAACGAACAGCGUAGUUAUUUACCUAUGGAAAUAUGUCGAACUAUUCAAGGUCAGCACGCCAAAGUCGUUGAGCCAGAUCAAACAGCUGCGCUGAUUCGCAAGACUGCUCUUCCACCGGCUGAUCGAUUCCGUAGUGUGGACACGUUCGUACAGGAAAUCGUUACGCAGAGCGCACAUCCACAGCUUCGUGAGUUCGGACUUAAAAUCGAGCUGACUCCGACAAAGGUGAAGGGUCGAGUACUAGCUCCGCCUCAUCUAAAUGCUGGCACGCCAAAGCCGGUUAUUCCUAAAGAAGGUUACUGGAGAACAAACAGGUUUUUUGUUCCUGUCGAAAUACAAUACUGGGGCAUCGCUGAUUGUUUCGGUAGCCGUCGAGUGCGGGAAUUUUCCCAGAAUUUGCAAAAACUCGGCGCGAAGCUCGGCAUGCGUAUUUCACCACCAACAUUCAUCAAUGACUACAGAGGCCGGGAUACGGAUAGUGAGAUGCUCUCAGACAUCAAGGCGAAAUUCCCCUUGACCCAGCUCACUGUUGUGAUUCUCGGUAAAACCACCCAGUACGAGCAAAUUAAGCAGUGUAGUGAGACAGAUCGCAGACUACUAAUGAUGACGCAAUGCGUCCGGGGGCAAAAUGUUGACAGCCGUAAGCACGAUCAAAAUUUUUGCAUCAAUAUCCUCAUGAAGAUCAACUCGAAGUUGGGCGGAAUCAACCACGCUCUACAGGAUUUGUUUGUGCCACCGUCAAUGCGUCGGCCGUACAUUGUGUUUGGUGCGGACGUCUCCCAUCCGGGGCCACAGAACAAGGAUCAACCCUCGAUCGCCGCAUUGGUCGGUAGCCUGGACCCAGUCCCUUCGCAGUAUCACACAGUGACUACCUUCCAACGGAGUAAAACAUGCAAUCGUCUGGAAUACGUAGCCGCGCUGAAGGACAUGGUCAAAGACUGUAUGUGGGCUUUUUACCGAAAGAACAACGCUAAACCGAUGCACCUGUUUUUUUUCAGGGAUGGAAUAUCCGAUUGCCAGUUCGAGGCGGUUCGAGCAUUCGAGGUUCUCCAAGUCCGCUUAGCGUGUAAAGAGUUAGAGGAAGAUUACGAGCCUCCGUUAACUUUCCUUGUUGUGCAAAAGCGACACCAAGUACGUUUCAAGCCCGAAAACCUAGGCGACGGACAUGGCUAUCACAGGAACAUCCCGCCGGGGACCGUUAUCGAAGAAACUGUAACGCACCCAACAAACUUAGACUACUUCCUCUGCUCUCAUGCGGGUGUACAAAGCACUUCAAAGCCUGCACACUAUCAAGUGAUUCAUGACGAUGCCAACCUAUCAGCUGAUGAGUUACAGGCGAUCUCUUACAACCUUUGUCAUGUAUAUGGCAGAUGCUCGCGUUCGGUUUCCAUUCCUGCACCAGUGUAUUACGCGCACCUCGCUGCCUCUCGAGCUAAGGACCACCUAAAAGCCGUUAGGAGUAGCUCACGCUGUUCAUCUUCAAACCGUUCAUCAGGAUUUGAGGAUGAUACAGUUAGAGAUGCUAAUGAUCUCUCUGAGCUAAGGAGGCGGGCCGGAUGUGUUGAUACACGGCUCCGCAAUUGUCUUUACUUCGUCUAAGACAUCGAAUGCUCAUCGCGCUCGUUGUAUGAAACACAUCUUUCGAUUAUGGAACUAGUGAGUCGCUUCAGGAACCGCUACUUCGUUAACCAUUCAAAUGAGACGACUUCAAAGUAAGAAGCUGAGAGCUAGACAACGACAAACUAUUCAAAAAGUAGAAUAUUAUGUAAACAUAUCCAAAUUGGCUUUAGGCCGCCACUGGAAACGAUUAAGACACGUAAAUCAAAUAUGUUGGUCUUAGGGGACUAGCGGUGUAAUUCAUCCGAAGCAUUUUCAAAGAAACAAUGGAAUAACGAUGAAUAAAUUUUUC